UAAAGUUUUACACAUAUGAGAGGGUUGGUCAGCAAUUAGUCAAGUAAACCUCUGGGUAAAUUCCCUUCUGCCAAAGUCAGUAGUGCAUAACUUCAGGGGGGGGGAGGUGGAAGUGUUGUUUCUAAUUACUCUCUUUGAGUAGACUAAUUGCAAAAGGAAAAUAGAUGUAAAAAUAGAUGCUUUCACAUCCCAUAAAACAGUAGGCAGCAAAUCAAGACCGGCAUACAAUCAGGGUUGCCUUUUUUUUUUUUUUAAGCACUUGAAAAACCCUACCCCCCUCCCACAAAAGACUCACGUAACCACUCUUGAGAACAAUGUGCAAGAAUAAACCUCCACAGUCAAGCCGUCCUGUUAAUGCCCUUAACUUCUCAGAGGAGCCAAGAAGCUACAGAGAUGUCUACUGAGCUUCCUGCAAUAACAGUUGCAGAAAUGGACUCUUUCACAGCCUCUGAGACCAACACAUCCAUCUGUGACUUAUACGAGCACAAAGACACAGCACGGAUAUUACUGUCUGUCUUCUACGGCUCCAUCUUGAUUCUUGGGGUGCUUGGAAACACCAUCGCCCUCACCGUCAUUUUUAAAAACAGAAAGAAGAUCAACUCCACUACCCUCUAUUCAACAAAUCUUGUCUUCUCCGAUCUGCUGUUCUGCAUUGCCUUGCCAACCAGGAUAGCCUACUAUGCCCUGGGAUUUCACUGGCCAUUUGGAGAAGCGCUGUGCCGAAUCACCGCGCUCUUGUUCUACAUCAACACCUACGCAGGUGUAAACUUCAUGACGUGCCUGAGCAUUGACAGGUUCUUCGCUGUCGUCCACCCCUUCCGAUACAAGAUCAGAAGGAUUAAAUAUGCCAAGGGCAUUUGUGUCUUUGUCUGGUUUCUUGUAUUUAGUCAAACUUUCCCAUUACUUAUACAAUCCAUGUCACACAAAGAAAAUGAAAGGACUACAUGUAUGGAAUACCCAAACUUUGAGAAAAUAGAACAUCUACCAUUCAUACUUCUUGCUGCCUGUUUAAUAGGGUACCUUAUUCCCCUGGGGAUUAUUCUAUUUUGCUACUCUCAAAUCAGCUGCAAACUUUUUCAAACAGCCAAGGAAAAUCCACUGACUGAAAAAUCAGGGAUAAACAAAAAAGCCAUCAAUACAAUCAUAUUUGUAAUUAUAGUGUUCAUCAUCUGCUUUACGCCUUAUCAUGUUGCAAUCAUACAACACAUGAUUAAGAAACUUCAGCAAGAACCCUUGUGCACUGAAAAGAAAAUCUUCCAGAAGUCACUCCAUUAUACUGUAUUUCUGAUGAAUUUUAACUGCUGCCUAGAUCCUUUCAUCUAUUUCUUUGCAUGCAAAGGAUACAAGAGAACUGUACUGAAAAUACUGAGGCGACAAGUGAGUGUAUCAAUUUCAAGUGCUGCCAGGUCACAUCAUGAAGAAAGCUCACGUGAUGCAGGAGAAACGCAAAUGACGGUACUUGCUAAAUCUUCCAAUGGAAAGCUACCUGAAAAAUAA